AUGAGCGCACCAAGCUUGCCGUUCCUAUGGCCAACGCUGUUCAGGCCAGCAAAAUCGGCACGCACGCAUGUCUCUCGAGUAAAAGGAAACGCGCCUCGUACGCGACAAGCACGGCGGCAUUUGACCACAACGCCAUGUCAAUUGGAACAACCCAGCACACAGCGAUACGGGAAAGCAUAUGAGCAUGCCAAUUCGGGGCAGCAGAAGCCCGCGACCCACGAGACUCAAGAGAAGAGAUCGGCGCCUGCUGGAAAGCCUUCCCAAGAACCAUCUCCUGGCAAAGAAGAAGUAGAAGACAAAGCGCCAGCAACAACAUCUAGCCCAUCAACCCACAGCAAGCCCAGCGCCUCUGAAGAAAAACCCAUAAUAACGCCUCCGCCCGAAUCCCUCAAGGUCAGCGAUACCAAACCCCUCGACAGCGUCCUCCACAUCCCCACAGCCGCCGAAGAAGAAUCCCACAAGCCACCCCACCUCAAAACACCCCCCUACGUCCACCACUUCGACACCUAUGGCCUGGUGCGCAAACUCUCCCAGUCCUCCUACACCCCCGACCAAUCCAUCACCAUCAUGAAAGCCGUACGCCAAACCCUCCUCUCUAACAUGGCGCUCGCGCGCGAGGGUCUCGUCAGCAAAUCCAACGUCGAAAACGAGACCUAUCUCUUCCGCGCCGCGUGCAGCGAGCUCAAGACUGAAAUCGGGAAUGCGCGAAAGGGGGAGAUGGAGCGCAUGCGCCAGGAGAGGGGGCAAUUGCAACAUGAAGUUGAUAUUCUAGGGCAGAGAUUGAGUCAGGAAACGGGGGGUUUGAAGGAUGAGCUCAAGGGGCUGUUUGAUGAUAGGAAGAUGGCGGUGAGGAUGGAGCAGAGGGCCAUGGAGACAAAGAUCCAAGAACUCAACUACAAAAUCACCGUCGCGCUCAAUUCGGACGCGCGCUCGGAAGUCGAGGCGCUGCGCUGGGUGCUUACGAGGCGUGCGGCGAUUACAAUAGGGGUGUCAGCAUUCAUGUUGUUUGUGGCGCUACGGUAUACGAGUUAUGUGCAGCAUCAGAAGCAAGAAGAGAAGAAUAGAAAGCAGAAUGCGCCGCCGCCGCAUCGGCCGAGUCCGAUGGAGGAGUUGGGGAGUGAGCCUGUGAGUCCGACGGCGAGGGAUGCGUUGGGAGGAGAGUUGUUGGCUACAGAGGGGGUGUCGCUUGGAUAA